AGACCCAGCUGAUAUCCGCGUUCGACAAACACAGAGGCUUGCUGAAGAGGCUCAAGAUUCGGUGCGGUGUGAGGCAUCCACGCGUUGACAUACAACGAGCGGUCAGACUCGCUCAGCCGCAGCGCUAGUCCUAAAGCGGCAAUUCUCACACCUUUACACAGCUCAGGUCUCGGCUGCCUCCGAAGGUAAGUUUCAGCAGUUCGUGCCUUCAGUCCAGAGUCUUUGCGAGAAAAUAUAGCCGCAUGCGUCCAUCGCAGGCUAUUUUCGUUCACGACACGAGAGACGACCACUUUCCAGAUUGCAACGUGAGCUUCGAGAUUCAUCGAGGCCGAUACUAUGCCAUACUCGUACGCUGCAGAGUCGGUGUGUUGCAAGCAGCGCAUCAGUAUGAGAAGCUCAGCUUAAGCCAGCCUUCCAUGGCUUCGGUCAGCUUACUACCUAUUACUCACGCUCUGGAGACAUUUCGCCAAGCGGCACUUCCAGCUGCGUUUCUCCAGCUGCGUUUCUCCAGCCCUAUUGCAUUCACACCGAUGACCAACGCAAUCGUAUCCACAAAUGCGAUUGUAUCCACAAAUGCGAUUGUAUCCACAAAUGCGAUUGUGUGUGCAUGUAGCAAUUCACAGCGCUCUCCCGCUUGAGCGAGGGCCAUGGCGCAGUCUUCCUUCCCAUCCUGCCUGCGCCUCUCCAAGGACGACUGCGUUUCGUGCCGCCAGAGUUCGAGGCCACAGUGCGCCGACGGAACA